AUAGCCACUGAUGUAUUUGUGCGUUGACCAGGCGACCUCAUAUGGCAAAGUGCAGCCUAGUGUGUCUCCGGGUCAGACGGUACUAGAUUUUCCCGGGCACACUGGCGAUCACCAGUAAUCCUCAUCUCGAUUGGAGACCAAAUUGCUUCCGCGAUGCCGUAUAACCCCCAUUUUCCCAAGUCGCCAAUCGUCCAAUCGUGUGUAAUCAUUUGGUGUGCAAUGUAUCCUGCUUUGAUAUGCUUCUGCGGUUCUGCAAAAGCCAUUGCAUGAAUUGCGUUUCGAGAAGUUUGGUACAGCGCGCUCUUCGAUCUUUUCAGCUUGCUAGGUAGAAGUUCAUCGAGCAAAGCGACGGAGAUGGCCAAAAUCUUGGUCUCAUUUGCAAGCGCUAUGCCGUUGAUAUCUCGUGCCUUUACCAGGCCAGGUCGGUUUACCGAGCUUCUUCUUCAUGUUCGAUUUUCACAGAGGGAGCGUCCGCGUGUCUCGCUUGUCAUAGACGCGCCCUAGCUUGAAGAUGGUUAAGAAGGGCCGACUUUGGUCUAAUCUCGAGCAUCCUUCCCCUUUUUCCUGGCUCACCACCAUGGGAAUACAGCAGACACUUGCCGACAACCUCCAUGUUGUCUUGCCACUUGUCCUCGCGCUUGUUUUCGUUCUUUACAAAAUUCGACCCUCCACGGGUUUGAGGAGUCUUCCUCUUCCUCCUGGUCCCAAACCGCACUGGCUCUUGGGUAAUGUGCUGGACAUGCCAAAGGAAUAUCCCUGGGUACGCUUCAGGGAAUGGACUGACACUUACGGCGAUGUGGUUUUCCUCCAUUUGCCCAUGCAACCUACCAUCCUUGUGGGCACCGCUAAAGCUGCAUUCGAUUUGCUGGAGAAGCGUUCUCAUCUGUACUCAGACCGAACGGAAACGGUCAUGGACAAACUUAUGUACUGGGAUUGGGACUUCGGAUUUCUUGGAUACAAUGCGAAAUGGCGAAGGCACCGCAAGCUGUUCCACCAGCACUUUGCCCCAACAGUGAUCUCCAAGUACCAUCCUAUCCAGAUCCAACAGGCUCGUGGUUACAUUCGUCGCAUGCUCUCUAACCUGAACCCUACUGCUCCAGUCGAUGAAAUCCGGCUUACUUUCGCUGCCGUUAUCCUGAAGGUAACCUAUGGCAUGAACGUCACCAGUAUGAACGAUGAGUACAUCAAAUGGGCUCAAAAGGCAUUAGAAGGCAUUAGCGAAGCUAAGGUUCCCGGUGCAUACUGGAUCGAGUUCUUCCCCUGGUUCAAAUGGAUUCCUAGCUGGGUUCCUGGUGCUUCGUUCCGUAAAUUGGCUGAUCAAUACAGACCUUACACUGAGAAGAUGGUUCACUAUCCUUUUGAGACCGUCCGAAAGGCAGCGGACAACGGCGUUGAGAUUCCCUCGGUUGUAUAUUCCCUCAUAAAGGAGGCUCGGGAGACCUUUUCAGAUCGUAAAGACCAGGAGGACAUGGAACUGGCUGCUCGCGAUACCAUGGGAGUUGCUUAUGCAGCUGGUUUUGAUACGACAACUGCUGCUGGCCAGGGCUUCAUCCUCGGAAUGGCUAUGAACCCUGAAUUCCAACGCAAGGCUCAAGCAGAACUGGAAGCUGUCGUUGGUCCCAAGCGUCUUCCGGAUUUCAGUGACUACGAGUCUCUUCCUUGCUGUCGUGCUAUCGUCUUGGAAAGCAUGCGUUGGCUGCCUGUCACUCCUUUCGCAAUCCCUCACAAGCUCAUUCAAGAUGAUGAGUACAACGGAUAUCUCAUUCCCAAGGGUACCACCGUGAUUCCGAACUCCUGGGCCAUGUUGCACAAUCCUGAGGAUUACCCGGAUCCUGAGAGGUUUUUGCCAGAAAGAUUUCUCACCAAGGAUGGUAAGUUAAACCCGGAGGUUCGUGACCCAACAACGUUUUCCUUCGGUUAUGGUCGCCGCAUCUGCCCAGGUCGUUUCUUGAGUAACGACUCGCUAUUCAUCGUCGUCGCUUCCACACUUCAUUGCUUCAACAUUGAGGCUGCCUGUGAUAAGGAUGGUAAGCCUGCGGACUUGAAUGCGGCUUCUCAGAUGAUGUCCGGUUUCCUUUCCGGUCCUACCGCCGUUCCUUGUGUCUUCAAGCCACGCUCAGAAGCUGCGAUCAAACUAGUGCAGGAUACUGCGAAUGAAUCCUGGUAAUCAAGAUAUCUUCAACGCUUCCGCGCUUUUACUUUUCCCUUCAUUUAUGCCACACUCAUUUUACUACCCCAAAUCUCGUUCAGCUCUUGAUCUUUCAAUGUUUGUCAGUAUGCUUUGAACUCGGAUCGUCUCAUGUACAUCUACGAAUGCUAUCGUGUCUGCUUGGAUAUCCAUUUAUUUCGUGAGACGUGUGAUCCCAUAAAAUUUCGGUGGAGAUGACGACCGCUUACUAGUGAGUUCGGUUGCGAUUCGGCGAAUAAGCAUGAGGUUGGCAG